AUGAGAACAUCAAAGCUCCAGGAGGUUAUUCAGAGGUUGAAAGCCCUUGUUGCUCUUGAAGAGGACCUAGGUUCAGUUCCUAGCCUUCAGAUGUUGGGUAAAAACCAACUUGCCCUGGGUAUAACUGAGUGCACCUUCUUUGUUGUCAUGGCUUAUGACCGGUAUGUGGCCAUUUGCUAUCCACUGCGCUAUACUGUCAUCCUCAACUGGGGCCUCUGCAUACAAUUGACAGCAGGGUCUUGGGUCUGUGGUUUAUUCUCUUCUUUGUUACAUACUUUUUUCACCAUGAGUUUGCCAUAUUGUGGGCCAAACAGGGUCAACCACUACUUCUGUGAAGGUCCUUCAGUGCGUAGCCUGGCUUGCAUGGAUACUCAUGUCAUUGAGAUGGUGGAUUUUGUAUUGAGUGUUUUUGUGAUUGUGAUUCCAAUUUCCCUCAUUGUGGCCUCCUACAUUGGUAUUGCCAAGGCAAUUCUCAAGAUCAAGUCCACAGAGGGGCGCUUCAAGGCUUUCUCUACCUGUGCCUCUCACCUGACUGUGGUUACAUUCUUCUAUGCUCCAGCCACUUACAUCUACAUGAGGCCCAACUCCAGCUACUCUCCUGAGCGAGACAAGCAGAUCUCACUCUUUUAUAAUGCCUUCACAGCCUUACUCAACCCUGUGGUUUAUAGUCUGAGGAACAAAGAUAUCAAGAGGGCAUUUUUCAAGGUGAUGGGACAUGGUAGGAUGGACUACUGA